AUGUUUCCAGUGAUUCAAAGUGUUCAUUACUUCGGGAGCCCUGGGGAUGUGCCUGCCGACAGAAGGCCUGAGGUUUUGUGUCCCUGGGGGCAGACGCUGACUGGCAUUCUGCACUUUUUGCAUGCAUGUUCAGUCAUGUCAAUUCCGUGUGAGCCCGUGGACUCCAGCCCGCCAGGCUCCUCUGUCCAUGGGAUUCUCCAGGCAAGAACACUGGAGUGGGGUGCGUGCCCGUCUCCAGGGAUUCACUGCUAUGCCCGUCUCUUCCCCACCCCUCCCCUGAUGGGACAGCUUGAAGCUAUGAUUGUGUGUCUUUAA